AUCAUUCCCAAACCCUUGGGUAUCGAUUCAUUCCUUAGCCAACAGUCUGCCGUUCUUUUUCAUCCGGGCAUAAAAUAAUUCUCUCUUCACUUCCCCCGGUCUCGGCCAAAGCUUCAAUCAGAUUUCUUUUGCCUCUGCAUCUUUUAUCAAAUUAAAGAUUUAAAAGAAGAGCUUACCGGAAGACGUUACCGAAGUGCCACACUUAUAUGAGUAUUUUGAGUUCAGCUGCUAACAGGGGGUUGCGGGAGGGGGGCCGGGGGAGGCCUGGAGUAAUCAGGGUUGAAACUCACUCCAUUGAAUUUUGAACCCUUAUGUGCCUAGCGGGUUUCGAACUCGAACAAUAGCCUAGCCGCGAAGUAUGGGGGGCUGGGCAUCGGCGACGUUGAGGACGAGCCGGUGCUCAAAGAUGAAAAAGAGGGGGCAGCGGUGGUCGGUGCCAUGAAGCCGGAGGAGUUUCUGGUAGUUGGGACGAUUCUCACGGACAAAGUGGUUCGUUUUCAGAUCUUUAAGGAUCUCAUGGCAGCUUUAUGGCGUCCGAGCAAAGGAAUUUUGAUAAAGGGGAUUGGAGAAAAGAGGUAUCACUUAAAAAAUUUCCACUCUGUUGAUAUGAAUCGUAGCUUGGAUAAUGGUCCCUAGUUGUUUGAUAAGAAUUUGAUUGUUUUAAAAGCUAUUAAGUCAGAAGAUAUCCUACUUAAAGUUUCGCUAGAUACGUUUGAGCUCUGGAUACAGGUUCAUAGUGUGCCAUAUAGUUAUGAUAAUCUUGGAACAACUGGAAGAAUUGGGAAUUAUCUGGGUGAGUUUGUUAGGUGGGAUGAUAAUCAAUUUGAUGAAAAAUGGGAGGCUUAUAUGCGGGUUAGAGUUCACAUGAAUGCGAAUAAAUCCUUAAAAAUUGGGACUACUAUCAAGAAAAGUAAAGGAGAAGGUCGGGUACUGGGUCAAUUUUAAAUAUGAAAGGCUUCCGAGUUUCUGUUUUUGCUAUGGGGUCAUCAGACAUGCACAUAAAUUUUGCCCUCUACUGUAUGAAAAAGGAGGAGAAGGUUUGACUAAGCCAUUUGAUCCGUGGCUACGAGCGGGUGGGAGGAAGACUAGACUUUCUUUAGGGUAGCAAAUGUCUGGUUUCGAGCUCCUCAACAGGUGGCAAUAACAAGGCUCGCGUGGAGAAAUCAACUCAAGGUCAGGACCCAGAAUUGAUAGGAGAGAGCACUCAAAGCAGGAUGGAGACUUCUACUAAUCCAGAGUGAGGCUCAGGUGGACGGAGGAGGACCAGGAGAGCUAAAAGAAGGCGUACUUGGGAGGAGCAAGCCACGAAGGACGCAACAAAGGAAGAAAUGGUCCUUGAUCCCCCAAAAAAGCGGGACAUGGGCGGGUGGUGGAUCACAAACCCACUAGAGUUUUUGAGAUUGAUGAUUGCUUUGUUAGCCUAGAGAUAGUUUUAUUUUGUUUGCUCUUUUUUCUUUAUUUUCCACGUUUUGGAUGCAUACCGUGUUUUGUUUGUGCCGCAUUUUUCCAGCAAAAAACUCUUGAACCUAAGCCAAUGGAUGAGGAGUCUAGUUCACAAGUCAUUGACUCAAAUAAGUCCAAAGUGGGAUCAUCAAAUUAUAUGGCUUCUUCGAAGGUGAUUAAUUCAAAGUCUAGUCCUUGAGCGGAUGGUAGACAGAAGAGUUGUCGUCGCUUUGUAACCUGCUUUGGUUAUGUUCUUUACUUCUUUAUGAUAUGAUAAGUUAAGUCAGUUUCGUUAAAAAAAAUGGACGAAGUUCAUUUUUAACAAUUUGACCUCCCACCAUUGCAAAUGGUCUUACUGUUAAAAAAUAACAAUUUUUAAAAAUGGAGGUAGCCAACUAGGGGCGAAUCAUAGCAGAGAACCAAAAAAUAAUUUUCACCCCCUCAAAAAAUAAUUUUCACCCCAAAAAAUAUUUUGAAUCCCCAAGAUGAAUUUCUUAGGUCUGUCCCGGUAGCCAACCUUGCUAGAGUUAUGUUUAAGAAUCAGACCAGAUCGGCCGGUUUGACUCGGAAUCCGGUCACAGGAGAUGGAGCAGGUCCGAUAGAGCGGUUAUAUACUCCGUUUGACUCUAGAGUGGAGUCAGUGGACUUCCCCGCGUGGUUAGUUGGUUACUUCCCUAAUCCAGUACUCCCUCCGUAACUUUAAAAUCUUCCCAUUUCAAAAGUAGAUAGAUUAAGAAUAGUGAAAGAUGAUUUGAAUUAUUGAGGGUAUGAUGGGAAAAUGGUGGAAUAAUGUGGUGGAAUGUAGAAUAAAUCCAAAAAAAGUAGUUGUAAUAGUGUAUUAUUGUAAGAAUUAUUGAGGGUAUGAUGAGAAGAUUUAGAAUUGGGAAGAUUUUUUUGUUACGGACGAAAAAGGAAAGUGAGAAGAUUUUUAAGAUACGGAGGGAGUAAUCUGUUUGGCUAGAGAGUGGAGAGUACUCUUCCAUAAAAACACAACAGUGACUAAACCUCUCCAAAACCGUACGUCUCCUCUCAGAACCACAGAUCAUCAAUGGCGUCAUCCGAUCCAACUCCCGGGGAUUCAUCAAAAGUGUUGACAGCUCAUCUCAACAAUAUACCCAAUAACCAGUUUUUCGUUUGGAGGGAGUUCGUAUGGGGUGCAAUUGCCGGAGCUUUUGGGGAAGGAAUGAUGCACCCGAUUGAUACUAUCAAAACUCGCAUUCAAAGCCAGGCCAUUCUUGGUGGAUCUCGGAACCAGAAAAGCGUGUUACAAAUGAUCCAAACUGUCUGGACUACAGAUAGUUUAGCUGGAUUUUAUCGAGGAGUAGCACCAGGGAUCACUGGGUCUUUGGCAACUGGAGCUACUUAUUUUGGGGUCAUAGAGUCAACAAAGAAGUGGAUUGAACAUACUCAUCCGAGUCUUAGUGGCCAUUGGGCACAUUUCAUUGCUGGAGCUAUAGGUCCAAGGCACAAGAAAGUAUUGGACUUCUGUUUUGUUAAAGGAUGGUGCCCAUAUGGAACACAGCCUGAACACGUAUGGUUACUAUUCAGGAAUGUUUCAAGCUGGCUGCUCUAUUUGGAGGGAACAGGGGCCAAAGGGUUUAUAUGCAGGAUACUGGUCCACACUUGCUAGAGAUGUGCCCUUUGCUGGCUUAAUGGUUACUUUCUAUGAGGCCUUUAAAAAUAUGACAGAGUACGGGAAACAAAAAUGGUUUCCCAACUCAAAUCUUCAAUUGAAUAGCUCUGUAGAAGGGCUCUUGUUGGGAGGACUAGCUGGGGGUUUAAGUGCAUAUCUAACCACACCCUUUGAUGUUGUUAAAACAAGAUUACAAGUACAGGGGAAAAUAUUAAGGUAUAGUGGUUGGUCCGAUGCCGUUCAUAAGAUAUGGGCGACUGAGGGUUUGAGGGGGAUGUUCAGAGGUAGCAUUCCUAGAAUUACAUGGUACAUCCCGGCAUCAGCACUAACCUUCAUGGCUGUCGAAUUGCUGAGAGAGACAUUUAAUGAAAGGCUGGACAACAGCAACAAACUGACUGGGAGUAAUAGUAGUAUGUCGAUUGACAAAAAAGAUUCUUCAUUACAAGAGGUCUCCUAAAACACUCUAUCCUCCACUUCAUACUCUGCUGCUAUUCUCAUGAUGGGUACUUUUGUCAAUAUAUGUUAAGACUGUUCUGACCGACAUCUUAUGCCAAGGCAUUGACCCGGUAUUGUAGGAGAUUAAAGCAUAUUUUUUCAGCUCAAACAUCUAGAUCACUCUUGAGUUGAGAAAUGAUAUUUUAUGCUAAUGGUCUUUUUGGAAAACAGAAUGCAAGAUCUACGUAAAUAAUAUGAUUACUUCCUGGAACGUAAUGUGAAAAAGUGCGCGAAUGGAUGUUACAUUGAACAGUGCGGUAUACUAAUAUGGAACUCUAUCCCGAAAGGGUUAUUGUGAUCAUGAUACCAUUCUAAUUUUGGCUAAUUAAGG